CGUGGAAGAAAGCUAAAUAUCAGAGGAGAGAGAGAGAGACGUUGCAAUCAUUCCACCAAUGGCAUCAUCAUCAUCCAUUCUCAUCCCUCCGAUUCUCUCCGCUUCCAUCAGCCGUCGCAACCUCCUCCUCUCCACCACAAUCGCCACCGUCUCCCCGUCCCCUCAGAUUCCUUCCCCCGACGUAACAAUCACCGACCGCGUCUUCCUCGAUUUCUCCCUCUGUCCCACUUACUUCCGCUCCGAUCCCUCCGCCACACUCUCCUCCACCACGCCUUGCCCCGACUCCACUCCUCUCGGCCGCGUCGUUCUCGGUCUCUACGGCCGUCAUGUUCCCCUCACUGUCUCCUCUUUCAAGCUCAUGUGCACUUCCUCCUCUACCUCUUACAAAAACACUCCCAUCCACAAAAUCUUCCCCGGUCAGUUUUUCCUCGCCGGAAGGCAAGGAUUGCGGCGAGACACGGCGGAGGUUGGUCCUCUUAGUUUGCCUCGAAACACCGACGUCGUCAAUUCCAAGUCGUUCCUCCUCCCUCACGCUCGUCCUGGACUCGUCUCUCUUUGCUUGUCUGAAAACGACGACGACGAUGAAACCAGACUCGAUCCUGAGUACAGAAAUGUCGAGUUCUUGAUCACUACAGGACCUGGUCCUUGUCCGCAGCUCGACGGUGGCAACAUUGUCUUCGGAACUGUGCUUGAAGGGUUAGAUGUGGUGACGAGUAUAGCUGCAGUGCCAACGUUUAAGCCGUCGGAGAAGAUUCGACAGUUCAACGAUUUUGCAGAGUUUCUGGGAGAUGAAAGAGCUCAGAACGCAAGAUCAUUGUGGAACAGACCUCUCAAGACGGUUUUCAUUAGUGACUGUGGAGAGCUUAAGGUCACUAAGCCUUCUCUCUCUCCGUCUCUGCCUUGAGUAUAUAUGUUGUUUGUGUCAAAUCUUUUCUUAUUUUGUGUUUAUAGUAAUCCUCUGCUUCUUCUACUCUCAACAAUUAUAAUUCAAUUCUACUCGAGAGUUCUUCUGCUGGU